AUGCCGCACUGCCCCCAGUCGCCGCGCCGCCCGCGCGCGCUGCGCCUCACUAUGCUGCCGGGGCUGCUGGCGCUGCUGGCGGCGCUGCUGGGGACGCAGGCCGCGUGCGCCCCCGCCCUGUGGCCCCUGCCGCUCUUCGUGCAGAUGACCCCGCGGCAGCUGCUCCUCUCCCAGCAGAACUUCUACAUCGACCACGGCCCCAAUUCCACAGCCGGCCCCUCCUGCUCCAUCCUUCAGGAGGCUUUUCGGAGAUAUUAUGAAUAUAUUUUUGGUUUCUACAAGCGGCAUGAUGGCCCUGCUAGAUUUCAUACUGGAACAGAGUUACAGCAACUUCUUGUCACAAUUGUCCUUGACUCAGAGUGUGAUGCUUUCCCCACUAUCUCUUCAGAUGAGUCGUACAGUUUACUUGUGAAAGGACCAGUGGCUAUGCUCAAGGCCAACAGAGUUUGGGGAGCAUUACGAGGUUUAGAGACCUUUAGCCAGUUAAUUUAUCAAGAUUCUUAUGGGACUUUCACCAUCAGUGAAUGCACCAUUAGUGAUUCACCAAGGUUUCCUCAUAGGGGAAUUUUAAUUGAUACAUCCAGACACUAUUUGCCACUUAAGAGUAUUCUUCAGACUGUGGAUGCCAUGGCUUUUAAUAAGUUUAAUGUUCUCCACUGGCAUGUAGUUGACGACCAGUCUUUCCCUUAUCAGAGCAUCACUUUUCCUGAGUUAAGCAAUAAAGGAAGCUAUUCUUUGUCCCAUGUUUAUACACCAAAUGACGUCCAUAUGGUGAUUGAAUAUGCUCGGUUACGAGGGAUUCGAAUCAUUCCAGAGUUUGAUUCCCCUGGACAUACGAUGUCUUGGGGAAAAGGGCAGAACGACCUCCUCACACCGUGUUACAAACAACAAACGCCAUCUGGGGAUUUUGGACCUAUAAACCCCAUUGUGAAUACAACUUACAGCUUCUUGUAUAAAUUCUUCAAAGAAAUUAGUGAGGUGUUUCCAGAUCAAUUCAUCCAUUUAGGAGGAGAUGAAGUGGAAUUUCAGUGCUGGGCGUCAAAUCCAGACAUCCAAAAUUUCAUGAAGCAAAAAGGCUUUGGCUCAGAUUAUAAAAAACUAGAAUCUUUCUAUGUUCAGAAGCUUGUGGACAUCAUUGCAAACAUAAACAAGAGAUCCAUAGUCUGGCAAGAGGUUUUUGAUGAUAAAGUAAAGCUUCCACCAGGCACAGUAGUUGAAGUAUGGAAAAGUGACAGUUAUCCUGCUGAACUAACACAAGUCACAGCAGCUGGAUUCCCUGUAAUCCUUGCUGCUCCCUGGUACUUAGAUUGGAUUAGUUACGGACAAGACUGGAAAAAAUACUAUGAAGUGGAACCUCUCAAUUUUUCUGGUUCUCAGGAACAGAAAAAACUCAUCAUUGGUGGAGAAGCUUGUCUAUGGGGAGAGUAUGUGGACGCAACCAACCUCACACCAAGAUUAUGGCCUCGGGCAAGUGCUGUUGGUGAGAGGCUCUGGAGUAACAGAGAUGUCAGAAAUUUAGACGAUGCCUACAACAGAUUAACCAGGCACCGCUGCAGAAUGGUCAGACGUGGAAUAGCUGCAGAACCCCUUUUUACUGGAUACUGUAACUUUGAGAGUACAUAA